UCCUCCAAACAACUUCCCCUUCCAGUCUUCGUUUCCCCCCAUCUCUCUCUCUCUCUCUCUCUCUCUCUCUCUCAGGGGGCGAGAGAAAUAAAACUCAAAAGUCUUCUUCAGAAGACAAAAACAAACAGCUAUAGAUUGACCAGUUCUUCUCCCCCUCUUAUCCUACACCCUCCCGAAGUCCUGAUCUCUACUCGCUUCAUUCCAUCGCCUCAUCAGUCAGUUCUUGGUCUAGGGUUUUCAGAAGCAAUGGGGAAGGGGGCAUCUCUGAGCGAGAGCAUCGUGAAGAAGAUCUUGCUAUCCUACGCCUACGUUGGGAUAUGGAUCUUCCUCAGCUUCACUGUCAUCGUCUACAACAAGUACAUACUUGACAAGAAGCUCUACAACUGGCCCUUCCCCAUCUCCCUCACCAUGAUCCACAUGGCCUUCUGCUCCUCCCUCGCUUUCCUCCUCGUUCGCGUCUUCAAGCUUGUCGAGCCCGUCUCCAUGUCCCGCGAUCUCUAUGUCUCCUCUGUCCUCCCCAUCGGAGCUCUCUAUUCCCUUAGCCUCUGGUUCUCUAACUCCGCCUACAUCUAUCUUUCCGUCUCCUUCAUUCAAAUGCUCAAGGCCCUCAUGCCCGUCGCCGUCUAUUCCAUUGGUGUCCUCCUCAAGAAGGAGAAUUUCAAGUCUGAAACCAUGGCCAACAUGGUUUCCAUCUCCUUUGGUGUUGCAAUUGCCGCUUACGGUGAAGCCCGCUUCGAUAGCUGGGGCGUAAUUCUCCAGCUCGGCGCCGUCGCCUUCGAAGCAACGCGUUUGGUCAUGAUCCAGAUCUUGUUGACUUCUAAGGGAAUCACUCUUAACCCAAUUACAUCUCUUUACUAUGUUGCUCCGUGCUGCCUUGUCUUCUUGUUUGUCCCGUGGGUACUCGUCGAAUUUCCUGUGUUGAAGCAGACGUCAAGCUUUCACUUUGAUUUCUUGAUCUUUGGGACCAAUUCGUUCUGCGCCUUCGCAUUGAAUCUUGCCGUGUUUUUGCUUGUUGGGAAGACCUCGGCACUCACCAUGAAUGUUGCUGGAGUUGUGAAGGACUGGCUAUUGAUUGCAUUCUCAUGGUCGGUGAUCAAGGAUAUUGUGACUCCAAUUAACUUGUUUGGGUAUGGUCUUGCCUUCUUGGGUGUUGCAUAUUACAACCACUCAAAGUUGCAGGCGCUUAAGGCGAAGGAAGCGCAGAAGAAGGCAACGCAGGCGGAUGAGGAGGCUGGAAGACUGCUGGAGGAGAGGGAAGGAGAAGGUUCCAGUAGGAAGACCGAUUCACAGGCUUGAUUCUAUAGCUUAUUCAGAUUUUUUUUUCUACCCAAAAUUUGAGGGAAAAGAAAAAAAAAAAAAAAAAAAGAGAAAGGACGGGAAGUGGGGUGUCUCAUUCAGAUGGAUUUUGAAGAGGGUUAGCGAUUUGGGGAAUGUUUUUUGGGUUUUCUGCUUCUAGAUAUUCGUUGUUAGUUUAUGGCGGUUACUUCCGGGGGAUCGAGAUUAAUGCUUGUCUUCUACAUUGCUAAUUCCUGUAUUUGAGUAGAGAAAGAAUCUCAGAGGUCCUCUGUCUUUUCCUUUGUUUCCACUAAAUUCUUAAUCCCAUGUAGGAACUCAUCCUUCUCCUUUAUGCUUAUUUUAUUAAUAUGUGCUGCUUCUUAUUUGAAUUGUAUCCUCUUUUGUACUGUAAACUGUGGUUUCCUUUCACAUAUCAUAGAUAUAGAAAAUAAUGCUUUACCUGCCUGUCUUUUAA